CCGCCCGUCUCACUCCCCCUUUUCCGACCCUGCUGCCAGUCCCCGCCUCCCUCUGUGACUGCAAGCCCGAACUUCCAUCCCCCUACUGGCCUUCACUCCAAUUAUCUAACUAGCAGAGUCUCGCUUCAUCUGUACAACAAACUUCAGAACUUUACCAGAAGAAAAGGUAUUAAAGAAGGAGAAUCUCGGAGCUGCUGCCCACAGUCCAUGUGCAGACCCGCGGCGGGAAGCAGGCCGACGGGGAGAAUGUGGAUCUGGUACCUGCUGCUCGGUUCUGGCUCCGGCUCCAGCUCGGUCGAAAGCCAGCUGCUCCCUGGGAAUAACUUCACAACAGAGUGCAACAUUCCUGGGAAUUUUAUGUGUGGAGAUGGGAAGUGCGUCCCUGGGGGCUGGCAGUGUGAUGGGCUGCCUGACUGCUUCGACGAGAGCGAUGAAAGAGGCUGCCCCAGGGUAAAGUCCCGGUGUGCCGCCACGUUCUUCGCCUGUGCAAGUGGGAUGCACUGCAUCAUUGGGCGCUUCCGCUGCAACGGCUUCGAGGACUGUCCUGAUGGCAGCGACGAGGAGAACUGCACUGCAAACCCCCUGCUGUGCUCCACAACGCGCUUCCACUGUAAGAAUGGCCGUUGUGUGGACAGGAGCUUCCUCUGCAACGGACAGGACAACUGUCAAGAUAACACUGAUGAGGAAGACUGUGAGAGCACCUCCGAGUCUGUCCCAGGGCAGGACUUUGUGACGCUGGAUUACCGGCUGCACUACUACCCCAGCAUCACGUAUGCAGUGAUUGGCAGCGCAGUCAUCUUUGUCCUGGUGGUGGCGCUGCUGGCCCUUGCCCUGCACCACCAGAGGAAGCGCAGUGUGCUCCUGCCUCGUGUGGGGCAGCACCUUCACCGCCUGCACCAGCCCCUGCUGCUCUCGCGCUUCGUCAUCGUGGAGCCACAGCACUCCUGCAGCGCCUCUGCCGCUUCCUACAGCACCACCCGCGGGAUCCAGCUGCUCUCCGGAGCGCUGUACCCACGCAGCUACACCAUGGACACCCCUCCCUCGUACUCGCAGGCAGUCCGUGACCUCAGUCGGCCACCCUGGUUUGAUUUGCCCCCUCCCCCCUACCCUCCUGAUGGAGAGGAUCCCGUCCCAGAGGAUCUGCCCCCCUACCAGUCCCGCCGGGGGAGCACGCAGAGCCAGGACAGUCCCAGCGAGAGCCACACAGGGACACAAACAACUGUACAUAGAGAGGCCCAGUCCUAGGGGCCAGUCUGCCAGGGCUAAAUACCACAGCAUCCCCAUCUCUACACCACAGCCGUGUACAGAGGAUCCUGCUUCAGUCAUAGAGAGGCCCAUAUCCUCUUAACCAGUUAAACAAUCAAUUUGUGAAAUUCUUUAGGCUGAGUUUUGAGUAAUUCUGUCCUCAGCAACAGUGGAGUGGAUACAUGUUUACAUAUGUAUGCCCACAUCAGAGUUUUUCUUAUAUCUAGAAAACCACUUAUUAAAUUGUGCUGAAAGUUAGGUAUUCAUUUGAGUAUGAUCUGAUGAGUAUAUGGAGGAACAUGUGCUUUGUUUGUAUGUCACAGUGGCCAUGGUGGUGUUUGUCAUGAUACUGAUGGCUCUUAUUGUUAUAUCUACAGCCCUGGCAGGGGGUGUAUGUUUCUAACAUGAGGUGGCAAUGCUGUCAUAGUGCAGCUGUCUCGUUUGAUUCAGAAUGAUUGUUAUCUUGAUGAGGUGCCAAGGCAAAUUAAUAUCUAAAUGCCUGUUAUUAUAACUAUUAUAAUAAUACACAGACCACUUUCAUAACCUGCAAACGAUUUCAAAUUUAACAGAAUUAUUCCCAUCAGAAUGCAUGACUGUACGUUCACCUGUUAGAGGGCAAGAUCUCAAUGAAACACCUGGUAAAAUGAAUAGAAGAGCUUUAUAUAAAGUUCUCUCUGACAAGGGUGGAAAUGCCCCAGCAUGAGAAUAGCACUAUAAUGAACUUGUUUUUUUCUGUUCGGACCCUGGACGUGGGAACAGGUUUUAUGGCCCUUUAAACAAAAUAAUUCCAGUGCAUUUUAAUAUGUAUAACCAUCUGUGUAUAAGUCUCUCAUUUAAUACAUGAAAGAUGCACAUGCUCAAAAAUAAAAUGGGAUGCAGUCUAGUAUCUAUUGCAGACUGACCUCUAGAUAGCCUUGUAAAUAAUAUAAUUUAAAGAAAAAACUAUGUGAAGGAUUUGAAGUGGGAACAGGUUGUUUCCCAGUCUCAUUGACCAUUGUCUGCUUCCUACCCCUAUGCUCAAGGGCUGUUCUAACAAGCAGUGAAGCCCCAAAUUGCAUAAUUCAUCAAAUAAAAGGAAACACUGAGCAGGCUGGAAUCACUUGGAACUGUGAGUAUGACUCCGCAAGAGGAGGCAAUAGAAAAGCUUUUCUGUUAUGGGAACAAUGCGCUACCGCAUGCAGAACAGUUUUCUUCGUGGUCCAUGCAGUGCAAAAACCAUCCAAAUCUGGUCUCCUUUAUUACCCAAUAUCAAUCUCAUGGCUCAUGUUUAUCGGGAUGCUGUUGGGUCACUGCCCAUGCUGAAGGAAUUAAUUCAACACAAAGCCUAAAGACAUGUUAACAUUGAGAGGUUUCAACAUUAUUCAUCAGUCAGAUUCUGGAGCUGAGAAUGAUGGAGAACACAUUGAGCAUGUACCUUAAAAAUACGCCCCCUGAUGGUGAAAUGUAUUUAUUGUAUUGCUUAUCUUGACAAUUUGCCCACCUUCAUACUUUGUAUCAUAUCCCAGCUAUGACACUGCAAAGUGGCCACAGGACUUUAUGUCCACCGGCUUUAUCGCUCCAGUCAAAUCUGUGCAGUUAUCACCCCUAUAUCAGAAUGAAAUGUGAGCUAUUCAGUUUAAAUCACUCACCUAUCUAAGGAACAUGCAAUAUUAGUUUUAGUGCAGGACUAUUAAGCAAGGCCUGCUAACAGAGAUUUCUUUCCAGCUCGUGUAGUAUGAGAUAACAUGUUUUAGAAUGAAAAUAUGUUUGCUAAAAAUAUGUUUUUUUCAAAACUACACAAUUGAGACCUAAUUAGUGAAUUGAUCUUUCAAUGCACACUUUAUCUCUGAUGCGUUUAACUGGUCGUCCCUGAGACGAAAAGGCUGAGAGUGUAAGUUGGAUGUUAAUCAUAUCGGCACGAUUUACCGCAGAUUAGGAAUCAGAAAGGCUUGGACUAGAUCAGGGGUGUCCAAAAUUCUUCUAAUUAAGCACUUAAUUGGUCCAAUUUAGUAAUUUAGGGUACUGUUGGAACAAAAACCAGGAGGGACAGUGGUCCUCCAGGACCAGGAUUGAAGACCCCUGGACUAGAUCAACACAGUUCUUUCUGAUUGGACGUGAGGGACUGUUUAAUGCAGCUGAGAUCAUAUAUGAAUAGUAAUGUUGCAAAGCUUCUGUUGUUUAUUUAACAUGUUCAUGAUGUUUUAAUGAAGAACCUGAAAAACAAAACAAAACAAAUACAUUUCAGCCACUCAUUACAAAUACAAACUGAAAAAGACUAACAUAAUAUUACUGAAAGAAUUAGUACAGGAAAGUUACACAAAACGAUAAGCGUUCACCCAGGAUCCUGAAUAGAUUUGAACACAGCAGUAGCACAGAUAAAUUUAAUCCUUGUAGAAGGAUUAAGUUUAAUCCUUGUAGAAGGAUUUACAAAAGCCCUGCUUGUGUAAAUAGUGGGUGUGUGAAUGCAAAGUUGGCACAGAUGGGGUUAAUUCUGUCCCUGUCAGCAAUCACAAGUGUGGACAUUCUCCACUUAGGUAAUUGAGUGCAAAUUGGAGAAUGCACAUAAGGGGAGAGAAUCCUUUGUUUGGGGGAGGUUUUGGUGAGUUUGGUGUUGACAAAGAUCAACAAAUAAACAGGGCAAGAGGGUUAGGGUUAGGGUCAAAAUAAAGAUUCAAGCCAAACAAGCAAACGUAGGCUGGGCAUUCGCCUUCACUACUAAGUUGCAAACGCACAUCAAAACACAGGUCAAAACUCCCCAAACAAAGAAUUUUCUCCCGUUAUAUACAUGUGACCAUUCUCCAAUCAGCACUCAGUUAUCUAAGUGGAGAAUGGCCACACCUGUGAUUGCUGGCAGGGAUAGAAUUAACCCCAUCCGUGCCAACCUUGUAUUCACACACGCACUAUUUACACAAGCAGGGCUUUUGUCCUGCCAUAGAUUAAAACUCUGCUUCCUUUCUAUAAAAAAUAAAGAGUUUAGUUUCCUGUUAAGUAUUUCUGAAGGCAAUGAGGACCUGUAACAAAUCCACAAAAACUUGUUGCUUUGCUUUUGUUUCCUUUUAUAAACAUUAGCUGGAAAACUUGUCAGGUUAGGAAAAAAGAAAGAUCCUGCCCAAUCUGUUCUGGGAUGCUUUUUGAAUCUUCUUGUAUUGUACAAGUACUUUGUAUCAAUGUUUAAAACUUUUUUUUGUUUGUAUUCUUUUAUAAUCAUUCAUGUCUUGUGUUAUGGUACUUUAAUGUAAUCCUGUUUUUUUUUUUUUAAGGUUUUCUAAAAAUGUACAAAUGUAAAGUAAUAUAAAUGAUUUUUCCUCUAAAUGUUAAA